GCAGGGCUGUGAGCCCUGGGCUCCGACAGUGAUCACCGUUCCCUGACUGGCUGCUUGGGAGGCUGACCAUCAGUCUGACCUACCUGAACCUCUGCUUGGUUGAUGUUGGGUUUCAUCCAACUCCUACAACUGAAAGUUGUGUCAACGCGGUCCAGAAAGGCAGAAGGCAGAGCAUGCAUGAGCUCGGCCAACCUGGGACUGGACAGACGAGGAACACAAGGAAGGGCUGCAUUAUGCAUUAUUAGUUUCUCCUUCUCCUAAAACUUUUUCAGUUUUAGGAGGUGGCUGUGGAAAACUGGGAAAUGCAGAAGUUGCAACCUGCCACAGAAAUAUUUUGAUCCUUAACAAAGGCAUGAAAUUAAAACCCCUUAACCUGUCAUCCAGUGCCUCCUACUCAGCAGCCCAACAACUGGCUGGUGGCAGCAAAGGAGCAGCAUGGAGAGACGUGAUCAGAGCAUUUCACUGGCAGCCUCAGCUCCCGCCCAUGGGGAUUUUACUCUGCUUAGCCCCGGCUGCACCACCAUCGUGCCCCAUUGGUAGCACUGCUUCGGAGCCGGAACGUUCUGCACGUGGGACAUCUCCCUGCACAUGGGCUCUGAAGAGCAGUGAGGCUUUCUAAAAGCCCUGCUUUCUACCCAGCACAUCCAGCCCGUCUGCUGUGAGAACAAAGACUGGCACGUUACUGCUUCAACUUGCUCAGGGCUGAGCAUCUUCAAACAGAGCCCUCAGUGUAAGCCCAGAGCCCUGUUGCUACAGGCACAACUAGGGGCUGUGCUGCCCUGGUGCACUAACAAUGCGCUGUCACUUACACCACCGUGCUCAAGGGACACAGGUGUCAGUUAAAAGUGUUUAAAUCAAAUAUACCUGCUUUAGAAACCCUAAACGUUGAGGGAGGGGUUAAAUUCUGGGUGAAGCUUGCUCAGCAUGUACAUGGCAAGCAGAGAGGUUAGGAAAACGUAAUUUUCUGACCAAGCAUAGGUCUGGAAACACCAUGCUUCCUCUUUAGCAAAGAAAGCAGUCCAGUAGGAAAGUGUCUGCCCCUUCAGUGUCCGCUGCUACAGAAGCUCCCAUUGAGGCAAAGCAGACAGUGCUGGCUCCAGGGGAGGGCUUCUGUUUGCAGAACACAACUGCUCUGAUUACACCUAAAGCUGUGUUCUAAAUGCUAAAGCACGGGCUGACCAUGUUAAUGCUAACUUAUGAUCUUCCCAUUCACCCAUCUGGAUCCUCUUACCGAGUUUCUCAUUUGUUAACUGUUUGUUUUUGCACAGCUGCUCAGGGAUGAGGAAAGCAGAAGCCACUGCUGAACACAGGCACAGUGUCUCCUUUUGCUGUAGACUUUUGAGUAGUGAACUGCAAUUCUCUAAGCUCCCAGAUUUCACAGUACUCAGAGCUAAAGUCCUGGUGAUGGGGAGCUGAGCGACUGCAGAUGUUUGGUUUUUUUUUUGCAAGAGGUCUGUUGGAUAAGAGCCCCUGCAAGUUUGAAGAGCAAAGGAAAAAAAAGAGAAAGAAGCAUGGGAAGAAUAUGAGGGCUGCCAGAGGGAACGUCUGGAUGCUCAGGAGCUCAGCAGAGCAGUGACAGUGCGAGCCAGGGAAACUACUGGGGCACAGACCUCUUGGCGAGCAAUGGGAUCAGCCAGCCCUGUGCCACUGCAUGUACUGGAGGCAGUGGCAGCCCCAACUCCUCCAAGGCUGGAUCCUGGAGCUGCUUGGAGCAAGCAUCCAUACUGAAAAGCAUACAGAUCCCUGAGAAGCACUUGGGAUAUGUGGGGAUGUGUAUCCAUCCCUGCACCUGGAAUACACACAGCGACCAGCCAUCAAAGGGCCUGCAGAGGAAGGCUGCUACAGAAGGAAAAUCUCUGGGAAGUUUAUUUUCUAGUGUGUGGCUAAAAACAGGGAUGUACAGAGGCCCCAGGGCAAAGAGGGGAAACUGCUGCUACAGUGGGCAAGCAGGCUCAGUUCCAUUGUACACACAGGCAGGCAGAGCACCACUUCCUGAGGAAGGUGUGCCUUCCUCUUCCAUCAACACCUGCUUGCUAUGGGGCCUCCAUUCCAGGCUGACCCCAGGCAGUGCAGUGAGUCUGGAGCAGGGAGCUGUGCUCUCCCAAUGCGUGUCAUUCACUACCAGGAUCCUCUGCGUGAGCACCAAGAGGAAAUGCUCUCCUGACAAGGCUCCCUUGGCAGAGGGAUUUCCCCACAGGCCCUGUGCCGUGUCAUUCCCCAUUUGCUGUCCUAUGGCCAUGAAUUUUGUAGGAAGAAGUUACACACAUGGAUCAUUCAGAGGCACUGCCCAUCAGCAAAUAAAGGAAAAGCAAACAGGCCCUAGGGGCUCAGUCUUGUCCUGUCAGCUGGUAGCUGUUACUGGGAGCUCUCCAGCCCCAGCCCAGGCACUGCCAAAAGGGUUUUACUCGAGUUGCACUGAGCUGAUGGAGGACGAAGGGCUGUGGUGUAGAGCUCUGCGGGCUGUGAUUGAUGAACGCUCAGAUCCAGCCCUCUCCUCCCUACCAGCUCCGCUCCCCAAGAGGCCUGCAGCACACUCAAUGCACGGCCAGCAUUCAGUCCACAGAAAUGACUGCUUGAACUCCAGUCUGGAAACAGGGGUAGUCCUUCGUGAUCUGCAGCAUCACACAGUGCCCCACCAGCCACGUGGCCAUCAGCUAUCCUGGCAGUGCUGGCCCUUUGUGCUGCCCGUCUGCUCUCUGCCUUUGUUUCUCCUGGGCUGUAGCAGCCUACAGCCCAAGCGGAUCUGUGGGCAGCCAUUCCAUUGGGCACACCAUGUGGCACAUGGCAGGACAGAAUGGCAGCCUGGGUUCCUUCCAGCUGCCACCAGCCAGCUCUCAGCAGCAGCUCAGCAGCUUCCAUUCCCUUUUUCUUUCCCUGUCUUUUUUCCUGAACAAAUUCCCUUUUGUGCCCAGACCUCCCUGCAGACAGGUCCACAGGGCUGGCAUGAUGCAUUGUGCAGGGAUUCCAGAGGUGAGUCCUGGCUGCAGCAGUGGAGCUUCAGUUGCCCUGCUGGUGCCCAGCAAGCCAGGCUCCUCUGGUCAGUGCUGAUGGGGUUCCCAAUUCAGGCAUGGUCCCAUGCUGCAGCCACUCGGGGGGGACUGGGUCUGAAGGUUUGCAGUGCUCUUGCUAUUGGUGCAGAGGGCAUUUGGCUUUAUUAGCCCAGCCCCACACAAGUGGCAUUUUCCCAUACAGGAGUGGGCUACUGUUCAGAUGAAACCAGCAAGCAGAAAUGCAAAGCCCACGUGCUCAGGAGCACAGUCUCACUGAAGCCUGGCACACCUGGUGUCCCCCAGUUGGAGCUGUUGAAGCUCUCAGCUCCAGCUCAGUCUGUGAGCUCUGCAGCGGGGUGCCAGGGCUCUGCCUGCAGAGAAAGGCAGAGCUAUGUGAGCCCCAGGGCCGGCCUCGGCCACUGAGUUGUGAGUUAAGGAGUAACCAGAGC